AUGCAGACUGCUUCUACAAACAUUUGGGAAAGACUGUGCAAUAUGACUAUCCAUGAAAUUUCCUUGCUACAAAAUAUUCCAUGGUCAACUGUUAGUGAUAUUAUAACAAAGUGGAAGCAACUGGGCACAACAGCAACUCAAACCACAAAGUGAUAGGCCACGUAAAAUGACAGAGCAGGGUCAGCACAUGGUGAAGCGCACAGUGCACAGAAGUCGCCAACUGUCUGCAGAGUCAAUAGCUAAAGACCUCCAAACUUUGUGUGGCCUUCAGAUUAGCACAAUAGUGUAUAGAGAGCUUCAUGGAAUGGGUUUCCAUGGCCGAGCAGCUGCAUCCAAGCCUUAUAUCACUAAGUGCAAUGCAAAGCGUUGGAUGCAGUGGUGUAAAGCAUGCCGCCACUGGACUCUA